UGUGCUGCGCAGCUGACUGGGCGGGUCGGGCGGCGCUGGCGAGCGACUGACUGCUUGGGCGCGAGCGUUGGGUGCGCGCGUACAUCCACCGAAGCGGGAAAUCUGCGCGCUCAGGUGCUUCGCGACUGGCAUCCGGCGGCUCGGCGCUGACUCCUCCCUCUUUCAUCCCCGGGGGUCUAUUGCUGACUUUCGUGUUCUCCAUCUGCAGAAGGAGGAAAUAACUGUGAAGUGUCUCGGAACAUGGCGGCAGGCAAGAACGUGGGCCUCUUGCGUUGGCUCUGCAGGCGUACCUGCCUGAGUCGGAAUCUCUCCUGGCACCUUGGCUUUUCGAAGAGUGCGGGUCAUCUACGGGGCGCGUAUGGCGUGCCCAGUACGCAGAUGCCAGUCAGCUGCGCGUCGCGCAGUUACACACAGCUCAAGAAACUUUCCGAGCAGGACCCGGACGCUUUCUGGGGUUCGCUGGCCAAGGAGGGCUUACUGUGGAGCAAACCGUUUGAGCAGGUCCGAAACUGCGACUUCACCACGGGCAAAAUUAACUGGUUUGUUGGAGGCGAGCUCAAUGUCACCGUGAAUUGUGUGGAUCAGCAUGCCAGUAAGACACCAGACAGAGUGGCAUUGAUUUGGGAAAGAGAUGAGCCUGGCACAGAGGUGAAAAUUACAUAUAAGCAGCUGCUUGAAUCAACAUGUCGUCUUGCCAACACUUUGCGAAGACAUGGUGUGAAGAAAGGUGAUCGAGUUGCCAUCUACAUACCUGUAUCCCCAUUGGCUGUGAUAGCCAUGUUAGCAUGUGCCAGGAUUGGUGCCGUGCACACAGUAGUCUUUGCUGGGUUCAGUGCUGAAGCUCUAGCUGGGAGGAUUCAAGAUGCAAAGUGUAAAGCGGUUAUUACUUGUAACCAAGGAUUGAGAGGAGGUAAAAUAAUAGACCUGAAGAAAACUGUAGAUGAAGCCGUACUAACAUGCCCGACGGUUAAAUAUGUGUUUGUGGGCAACAGAACAGAAAACAAAGUCCCAAUGGGCAAAAUUGAUAUUCAACUUGAAGAUGAAAUGGCGAAAGAGUCACCAGUUUGUCCACCAGAAGCCUUGGGGAGUGAAGAUAUGCUUUUCAUGCUGUACACUUCAGGAAGCACAGGCAAACCUAAAGGAAUUGUUCAUACCCAGGCUGGCUAUCUACUUUUUGCUGCCACCACGCACAAGCAUGUCUUUGACUACAAUCAAGGGGAUGUAUUUGGUUGUGUAGCAGACAUAGGCUGGAUUACUGGACACAGUUAUGUUGUCUAUGGGCCACUCUGCAAUGGUGCCACAACUGUGUUGUUUGAAAGCACUCCAGUUUAUCCUGAUCCAGGACGAUACUGGGAGAUGGUGCAGAGGUUGCAGAUUAACCAGUUUUAUGGAGCCCCAACAGCUAUCCGACUAUUGUUGAAGUAUGGAGACAGCUGGGUGAAGAAGUAUGACCGAUCAUCUUUGAGAACACUUGGAAGUGUUGGUGAACCUAUCAAUAAUGAAGCUUGGGAAUGGUACUACAAUGUCGUUGGAGAAGGGAGAUGUAAACUUGUGGAUACCUGGUGGCAGACAGAGACAGGUGGAAUUUGCAUUUCUCCAAGACCUUCAGAAGAAGAAGCAGAAAUUAUCCCUUGCAUGGCAAUGAGACCAUUUUUUGGGAUUGAUCCUGUAUUAAUGGAUGACAGGGGAAACCUAGUAAUGGGAAAUAAUGUAUCAGGUGCAUUGUGCAUUAGCCAGCCAUGGCCUGGUAUGGCAAGAACUAUAUAUGGGGACCAUGAAAGAUUUAUUGAUGCAUAUUUCAAACCUUUUCCAGGUUACUAUUUUACUGGUGAUGGUGCGUACAGAUCUAAUGAGGGAUAUUAUCAGAUCACAGGCCGUAUGGAUGAUGUCAUUAAUAUUAGUGGGCACCGACUUGGUACAGCAGAAAUUGAAGACGCCUUGGAUGAACAUCCUGAUGUUCCUGAAACAGCAGUAAUUGGCUUCCCUCAUGAUAUUAAAGGAGAAGCUGCAUUUGCAUUUAUUGUUUUAAAAGAUAACAUCAAACACACAGAACAGGAGAUUAUUGCAGAGCUCAAAAGAACUGUGGCCUCUAAAAUAGCUAAAUAUGCAGUUCCUGAUCACAUUUUGAUUGUAAAGAGGCUUCCAAAAACACGUUCUGGAAAAAUCAUGAGGAGAGUCCUACGCAAAAUUGCUACUAAUGACAUUACUGGGUUUGGAGACACAACCACCUUGGAUGAUCCAGGUGUGAUCACAGAGAUCGUGGAAGCUCUUGAAAAGUACAAAAACAACAGUUGUACCUGUGUUUAAAGAAGUACUUGCUUUAUAUAAAUAUGUAAUAUACCUGUGAAGCCAUACACAUACUGUGCACACAAUGCCAAAGAGAUACCUGUAAUGUACAGAUUGUAGUCUUAUACUAACUCGUUCCUUUACUAAUUGUACAUUUUAUCAAACGGUGACAUUUCUUUACAUUUUUUAUUUUGUGACAUUUACUUAAAACUGUUUUUUCAUCAGACGUGUCACCAGGAAGAGCUGUUUAUUUGGUUCGUACACGAUAUAGCAGUACAUCUGUAUCAUGACUGUAUGCCAUAUUGAUACUAUUCACCAGCAUUUCCAAGUGCACAUUGAGGAUUUUUUCAUUUCAUCAUUUAGCAAUGUCUGAGAGAAAAUGCAGUUUUUUUAAAAGGAAUUUUAAGUGUUUUUGCACUUCAUUUUGUGUGAAAAUUAUAAACCUCCAAAGUUUAAUUCAAAGAGUAUGUCAUACAUUUGAACAUAUAUAUAUAAAACGUAUAAUUUGUGAGCCAAAGAUUACAAUUUUUUAACACUUAAUCUUUUUAUAGUUUUUCAGCUCACAAAGACUAGUUAUUUCAGAAAGGUUCACAGAUUAAUUGAAUUUAUAACUAACUGUCUGUUACUGUUGAAUGUUUGCUAAGUGAUUUUGUCUGGUUCAGUUUGAACGUGUAACUGCUUUGAUCCAUCCAUUACUGUCAAAUGGCUUUUGAAUUUUAGGGUUUUGGGGAGGCAGUGCCUCUCUCAGCCACAUAGGGCACAACAAUUAUGUGUGUAGAAGACGACAGUUUGAUGGUAGACAGGAAUAACUCAUUUGCAAAUUAUGGAAUUAAGCAGACAUCACAUUUUUAUAUGAUAUGACUACUUUCAAUAAAGUUUGCCUUUUCAGCUGGUUCAGUUAGGAGAACAUGGCAAAUCUUUUAGGCAAAGUAGCCUUAUAAUGCUAGUUUGAGCUGAUUGAAGUGAAGAACAUCUGUGCACUGAUGAAAAGUAUGGUUCUGAAUGCCAUUGAUUGGUUAUUCAUCGUGAAAUAAAAUAGAUGGUUCAGAGUGCAGAUACCUGAAAGGGGACCACUGUAUGCAUUCAUUUGUAUUUAAACUUAUUAAAAGUUAAUAUUUA